UGGCGCGCUCGCGUCCCGGGUGACGCGAAAAGAAGCUGAGAGCAGGCGAGGUUAGAAGACUGGGCUGGCUAGAACAGCCCGGUUGACUAAGGGUGCGUGGGUUGUCUAUAAAGUCCCGGUUCUCUCUGGGCCGAGAACUCUCUCUCGCUGUUGCGCUCGGUACUAGGAGCAGAUCCCGGGCAGGGGCCGCGGGCUGGAGGAAGGAGUCGGUCCCGGGGUAACCUCCGUCGCCGCUGCCGCCGCCGUCUCCCCGGGAAUCUGUCUAUCUGUCCACCCGCCCCCACGCCUGCCCGCUGCGGGCCCAGCAGGCCCAGAUCAGAUCUACGCCUCUCUGGCUUGUCCUAUCAUCCAGUCUUAGCUGAAGGUGUCUUCUCGGGUUUCUUCAGGAUGCCUGCAGCACUUGUGGAGAACAGCCAAGUUAUCUGUGAAGUCUGGGCCAGCAACCUAGAAGAAGAAAUGAGGAAGAUCCGAGAAAUUGUGCUCAGUUACAGAUACAUAGCUAUGGACACAGAAUUUCCCGGUGUUGUAGUGAGACCAAUUGGGGAAUUUCGAAGUUCCAUAGACUACCAGUAUCAGCUUCUUCGAUGUAAUGUUGACCUCCUUAAGAUUAUACAGUUGGGUCUCACAUUCACAAAUGAGAAAGGAGAAUAUCCUUCUGGAAUCAACACCUGGCAGUUCAAUUUCAAAUUCAACCUUACAGAGGACAUGUAUUCCCAGGACUCCAUAGAUCUCCUUGCUAACUCAGGGUUACAGUUCCAGAAGCAUGAAGAGGAAGGUAUUGACACUUUGCGCUUUGCAGAACUGCUCAUGACCUCAGGGGUAGUUCUCUCUGACAACGUCAAAUGGCUUUCAUUUCACAGUGGUUAUGAUUUUGGUUACAUGGUAAAGCUGCUAACUGAUUCACGAUUACCAGAAGAAGAGAAUGAUUUCUUCCAUGUUCUGAACCUCUUCUUCCCAUCUAUCUAUGAUGUGAAAUACUUGAUGAAGAGUUGCAAAAACCUUAAGGGAGGUCUUCAGGAAGUUGCUGAUCAGUUGGAUUUACAGCGAAUUGGCAGACAGCAUCAGGCAGGCUCAGACUCUCUGCUCACCGGAAUGGCUUUCUUCAAGAUGAAAGAGUUAUUUUUUGAGGACAGUAUUGAUGAUGCUAAGUACUGUGGACGUCUCUACGGCCUUGGCACAGGAGUGGCACAGAAACAGAAUGAGGACGUGGACUCCGCUCAGGAGAAAAUGAGUGUACUGGCUAUUAUCAGUAACACACAACAAUGACAACAGGGUACAGCUGUUCAGGAUGGGCCCAAUUCAGUACUGGUGCUUGCUGUCCUGACUAGUCUCUGUAUGUGUGUCUUUCCUUCCCCAACAGAAAGAGCUUCUAUUGAGUGAAUUGUUCCUACAGUCUGCAUUGAGCAGAAAGACUUGUUUUACUGAAGACAAGUGAUGUCUUCAUUUUAGAUCCAGAUGAAAGAUGUUCACUCUGAAUUUGUAAACAAAUCUUCCCCCAGUCCUCAUCCCCAAUCCUUUCCUCUCCAGCUGCCAUCUCCUUUCAGCAUUUGUGGCUCACUGGACACCUUUUUAAUAUCAGGGACAAGUCAGAAACAAACAAGUAAAAUGUAUAUAACUCUUA